AGCCGUUAAAUCGCCAUGUUUGUACAAAUUCCACGGUUUUAUGACGAUGUAGGCCUUUUAACUCAUUGAAUGUAUCGAUCAACUUUGAGUGGGGAUGAAGAUUGAAACAUUAUCCUUUUUUAAGUGUUAUUUUUGUAGUCCACGGAUCUCUUGGUGCAACUAAAGAGACCACAAUCCAAAUGCCAUCCACACAUGGUGCCUUACCCCUAACUGCUAAGGAAAAGCCAACACACUCUUUUGUUUUCUAGUUGGGAUGAGAAACCCAGAAAGAAAAGGCCUCUUCUCUUUUAAUAGGAGCCUCUGAACACAAAACCCCUCCAGCUCACUCACUUUCUCCACCCCUGCCUCUUUAAUUUCUCUUCAGUUCUCUGCAACUUCCCAUAUUCUUUGGUCUGCUCUCCAACCCAUUUGCAGGCAUUUCCCCCGACCGGUAAGCCUUCUGUAAAGCAGCUCUCUUUCUGGCAUUUGGGUUUCUGCAACAUGCAUUUUGAUUUUGCCAUGCUUUGGAGUCCAUAGUUUUGGGGUGCAUUGCUAGGGAUCCGUUACUCAGAUGAUUGCCAAUUCCCAUCUUGAAGCACUACCCAUUUCCUUUUUAGCAUGUGGUUUAAGCUACUGAGAGAAUCUGCGAUCAUUUUCUUUUCUGGGAUUCAUGCUAUAUGCUUUGGUUAAAAGACGUUUCACAUGUUUCAGUGGUGUGUAGAGCAGAUAAAAAGGUGAAACCUUUAUUGGUGGGAGUGAAUUAUAUGGAUAUGGACUUUCUUAUGAGGAAGUUUAGACCAUAGGUUGACCUGGUCCACCAUUGCUUUUUCCCUGGUCCACAUCAUCAGAUAGGGUAGCAGAUCACACCCACCCAAAUCAUCGUUUGAGAGCUUUGAUGAUCAGCUGCCAUUAAUCUUUACUAGGAUGAACUUGUUCCAGCAUACCAUAAACCCCAAAAGAAGCCAAAUUUACGAAUAAACCAAAGGGGAAAUAAGUCUCCAGAUACCAGAUUUGUUUGACAAAUGGGGAACUGAGCUGUUGAUAUGUCCCUUCUUGUGGCCUAUUCAUCUACCAAUGAUUGAACACAACUAGAAUUGGUGCCCUGGUGGUUGAUAUCGAUGUUUUGGUUAUGGGAGUUGACGUUCUUGUCGUUUCAUUUCUCAGUUCCUACAGUGUUUUGAUUUCUCAAAUUACGAGCUUGUUUACUUGGUUCUGGGAGUUCCAGGGGUUUAGGGAGUAGGCGAAAAUGGCCCAUAUCUUGGCACCAUCAGCACAAUGGCAGAUGAGGUUGUCGAACAAGGUGGCAGCACCUGUCAAUCCCAUGACAGGAAAGAUGUGGAGUUCCUUGGUGAUGAAGAAGAAGGGAACUACAAAAGGUGCUUCCAAAUUCCGCGUCUUUGCAAUCAAGGCCGAGAACAGCACUAUCAAUAGGCUAGACAAUCUCUUGAACUUGGAUAUCACCCCAUUCACUGACAAGAUCAUUGCUGAGUACAUCUGGAUUGGAGGAUCGGGCAUUGAUCUUCGAAGCAAAGCAAGGACAAUUGAGAAGCCUGUGGAGCAUCCAUCUGAGCUUCCCAAGUGGAAUUAUGAUGGAUCAAGUACCGGGCAGGCACCGGGAGAAGACAGUGAGGUUAUUAUAUACCCACAAGCAAUUUUCAAAGACCCAUUCCGUGGAGGUAACAAUAUCUUGGUCAUUUGUGAUGCUUACACACCAGCUGGUGAGCCCAUCCCGACCAACAAGCGUUACCGUGCUGCUCAGAUCUUCAGUGACCCAAAGGUUACAGCUGAAGUUCCAUGGUAUGGCAUAGAGCAAGAGUACACAUUGCUUCAACAAAAUGUGAAAUGGCCUUUGGGUUGGCCAGUUGGUGGCUACCCUGGUCCUCAGGGUCCUUAUUACUGUGGUGCUGGGGCAGACAAGUCCUUUGGUCGUGAUAUAUCAGACGCACACUACAAAGCUUGCUUGUAUGCUGGAAUCAACGUUAGUGGCACAAACGGAGAAGUCAUGCCUGGCCAGUGGGAGUAUCAGGUUGGUCCUAGUGUUGGCAUUGAUGCUGCAGAUCAUAUCUGGUGUUCCAGAUACAUUCUUGAGAGAAUCACAGAACAAGCUGGAGUUGUGCUGUCCCUUGACCCAAAACCAAUUGAGGGUGAUUGGAACGGGGCAGGAUGCCAUACCAACUACAGCACAAAGAGCAUGAGAGAGGAUGGAGGGUUUGAAGUGAUUAAGAAGGCUAUCUUGAAUCUAUCUCUUCGCCAUAAGGACCAUAUCAGUGCUUACGGUGAAGGAAACGAGAGACGACUGACUGGAAAGCACGAGACUGCCAGCAUUGACCAGUUUUCUUGGGGAGUUGCUAACCGUGGUGCCUCAAUUCGUGUGGGACGCGACACUGAGAAGAAAGGCAAAGGUUACUUGGAGGACCGUCGCCCAGCCUCAAACAUGGACCCGUACAUUGUGACUUCAUUAUUGGCUGAGACUACACUCUUAUGGCAACCGACACUUGAGGCUGAAGCUCUCGCUGCCCAGAAGCUGGCUUUGAAGGUCUGAUGAGAAAUGGUUGAAGAAAAACAGAAGGUCAAUUAAGGAUAUCAACAACGAUUUCUUUCGAUUUAGUGGUUCAGGCUGAAGGCAGCAUCGGAUUUUUCUUCCUCCUAGCUCUUCAUGAAAAUAUCCGUGUAAAUAAAUGUUCCUGAAUUGCCGCUGUCGAAGGUCAAUCGCCCUGAGACUGAUGAAUUGUUGCUCUCUUUCCAAUAACUUCUGAUUCUUGAUGCUUGGACAAUGAAUAGACCUGAAAUCACCUCAGGCCUUUUGAGAAGUUUAAACGUUGUCCUCUCCCUUUCAUCUUCUGGAGAUUCUCCUUUCUUUUUGCCUAAAGUUUGGGAAUAUCUACAGCAAGAGAAUAGCAAUCAUUGUAGGGUCAGGAGAAGCCAAAAUGAGUGCAUCAUUUUUUGCAGGAAGCCAGGAUCUGUUAUUCCUUUGCUUCCCCUGCAGGCAGAAAAAAGGCUUAUUCUUCCUGGAUAAAGUGAUACCUAACUGCUGCAUAUAAUUAUCCAAACUAGCUCUUCUUUCAGGUCCUGAAAAAUUUAUUCCUUCCCUUCCAUAGAGGCAAACCCAAAUGAAGGGGUGAAAGAAAGGCAUUAGAGGCAU